AUGUCAAUAACUUUGAAUGCAACUCACUCCUCGGCAAAAGACGCAAUUGAUGCCUUAGUCGGUAAAGCACCGGAUCCUUGUGAAGUUUGUAUAUUAUUAGCUUCCCGAACUUACUCUCCCAAAGAAUUGGAAUUCUUUCCUAGCUAUAUAUUCACUAAAUUACGUCCUAGAGUUCUUGUUGGUUGUGUGGUCGACAAAGUUUAUACUUCAUCUGAUUCCACAGAGUUUGGUCAUGGCAUUUCAUUGUUUUUGGGCGGAUGGGGUAAAAAGGAAGGUAUGCCGAAUAGUUGGAAAUUUGAUGAAUUUUGCGCAAACGUGCAAGGUUCAAGACGAGAAUAUAAGACCAAUUCUGUUGGACG